AUGCGGCCCCUGGAUGAUACUGGGGCCGCUAAGCGGCAGGAGUCCGGGCUGCCGCUGAUGGACAUCCCGUCCCCGGGCUCCAGGCAGGAGCCGGCGGCUGCAGAGGUCGUGGAGACGCCCGGCCCCGAAGGGUGCUGGCAGUGCCCUUCCUCGCCGUGCGGCUCGCGUGCCCAGCAGGAAGCUGAGAAGAAAGCACCCUGUCCUGGACUUGGCUUGUUUUACACAUUACUGUCUGCGUUCCUUUUCUCAGUGGGCUCCUUAUUUGUUAAAAAAGUGCAAGACAUCCACGCUGUAGAAAUUAGUGCAUUCCGAUGUGUGUUCCAAAUGCUAAUCAUUAUCCCUUGCUUAAUAUACAGAAAAACUGGGUUUAUAGGCCCCAAAGGUCAACGAAUCUACCUGCUCCUCAGAGGAGUCCUUGGUUCUAACGCCAUGAUCCUUUUGUACUAUGCCUACCAGCUGACGUCUCUCGCAGAUGCCACAGUUAUCUCCUUUAGCUGCCCGGUGUUCACCUCUAUAAUUGCUUGCGUAUUUCUCAAGGAAAAAUACAGCCCCUGGGACGCCCUCUUCACUGCCUUCACCAUCACUGGAGUGAUAUUGAUCGUGAGGCCACCAUUUUUGUUCGGUUCCGAAGUCGCGGAGACGGAUAAAGACUAUUCAGUUCACGUGAAGGGCGCUUUGGUGGCCCUUGCUCACGCUGUGUUCGCUGCCAUGACUCUGGUUAUCCUCAGAAAAAUAGGGACAUCUGUGGACUACAUGUUGAGCAUUUGGUAUUAUGUAAUCGUUGGCCUCAUCGAGUGUGUCAUUGUCCUUUCUAUUUUAGGAGAAUGGCGUCUUCCGCACUGUGGGUUGGACAGGCUAUUUCUCAUACUAAUUGGGAUGUUUGGUUUGGGAGGUCAGAUGUUUCUGGCAAAAGCCCUUCAGAUAGAAAAGGCAGGGCCAGUAGCAUUAAUGAAGACCAUGGAUGUGGUCUUUGCUUUUAUCUUUCAGAUUAUUUUCUUUAAUGACAUGCCAUCAUGGUGGACAGUGGGUGGCUCCCUAUGUGUAAUAGCCAGUAGCACUGGAGCAGCCAUUCGUAAAUGGUGCCGGAGUACCAAAUAAAGCAUCACUGCCGAACUGUGUAUUUUUUUUUAAAGUACACGGUCACCCAGUUCAGACUCACAGUGGACACACACACACCUGGAAAAUCUGCAUUUACUGCAUUGAUUAUAUUUAAUAUAUUUCAUAAAGUAUCAUCUUUAAUUAGUUGAGAAUAAGCCAGUCAGUUGGGUGCAGCAGUGAUUUUUUUGGUCAAUUAUUUUUUGGUUUUGGCUUUUUGUUGUUGUUGGGGUGGCAUUGGUAGGUGUUGGUAAGAGGAUAGAUCAUUCGUUGGAGAAAAACUGCACAAUUUUUGACUCAAGUAUAAAUUAUGUAAUUUUUAGAAGUGUAUUUUUGGUAUUGAUGGGAUAUAGAUGGGAGGAAACUUUAGAUUCUCUUUCAGCAGUGUAGAGGCUGAAAAACUUACUGAUAAUAAUGCUGCUAUAUAGUUAGUGUUAUACUGAGAAUUCAUUUGAAAUGUAAUCCCAUUUAG